CUGGGCAAUGAGGCACGAAUCUCUGUCCUCUGAGUUGCGAAUUCACUUCGUCUUCUUCAUGUAAGUGAAGCUCAUUUCCACCUUAAUCAAAUUACACCAUGGCCUAUCGUUUCCCUCUACAUUCAUCUCCACACUCUCAAUUCCUCUCUCCCUCAACAAACCACCCAAGAACCUUAAGAUUAACCUCAAUCUCAUGCCAUAACACUUCACCCACAAACAAUCCUCAAAACGAAGACGAAGAAAACCACAAAACAAACAAAAUCAAUCUCCUCACAACAAUACCAAUCACACUCACCAUAAUCUCCACUUCUCUACCUCAACCCUCCCUCGCCGUAUCCGCCGAGAAGAAGAAAGUAUCAGAGAGGAAGAGAAGCCAGAAGAAACCUCAAGAAGCUUUAACUCUCGAACAACUCAAUUCCUGGUCCAAAGACCUCCCUGUAGUCUCCAAACGCAUACCUUACACAGACCUCUUAACCUUAAAAUCCCAAGGUAAACUCAAACACGUAAUAAAGCCUUCCUCUUCACCCUUGAAACAAAAGUCAGAACCCGUGUUAGUAGUCUUAGAAGACUCUCAAGUGUUAAGAACUGUGUUACCUUCUUUAGACGGUAACAAAAGAUUUUGGGAGAAAUGGGAUGAGUUAGGGAUUGAGAAGGCAUGUGUCAACGCUUACUCACCACCUGUUAAGAAGCCUCCUGUUCCCACUCCUUACUUAGGGUUCUUAUGGAAAGUGCCUUCUUAUAUGUUGACGUUGGUUAAGCCCAAGAAGGAGUCGAAACGUGCGGCGGAGUUGAGGAAGAUGAGGGAGGAUUUCAAGAGGCAGAGGAAGGAGGAGAUGGAGAUGAUGAGAGAGGAGAGGGAGGUGAUGGAGAAGACAAUGAGGGCGCAGAAGAAACAGCAGGAGAGGAAGAAGAGGAAAGCGCUUAGGAAGAAGAAGUAUGAAGAGAGUUUGGUUGAAGCGAGGAGGAACUAUAGAGAUAUGGGGCUAAUGUGGGCGAGAUUGGCUGAGGAUCCUAACGUGGCGACAGCUCUUGGUUUGGUCUUUUUUUAUAUCUUUUACCGUGUGGUUGUGCUUAACUAUAGGAAGCAGAAGAAGGAUUAUGACGAUAGGUUGAAGAUUGAGAAAUCGGAGGCGGAUGAGAGGAAGAAGAUGAGGGAGUUGGAGAGGGAGAUGGAGGGAGUUGAGGUUGGAGAUGAUGAUGGUGAGGAGGGUGAGGAAGGAGGAACUGGUGAGAAGAAUCCUUAUCUACAGAUGGCUAAGCAGUUCAUGAAGUCAGGAGCACGUGUGAGAAGAGCUUCGAAUAAGAGGCUGCCUGAGUAUCUUGAGAGAGGUGUGGAUGUGAAGUUUACAGAUGUUGCUGGACUUGGGAAGAUUCGUCUUGAGCUUGAGGAGAUUGUUAAGUUUUUCACUCAUGGAGAGAUGUAUCGUAGGAGAGGAGUCAAGAUUCCAGGUGGUAUUCUGUUAUGUGGGCCUCCUGGUGUGGGGAAGACGUUACUAGCUAAAGCUGUAGCUGGUGAAGCUGGAGUGAACUUCUUCUCUAUUUCUGCUUCUCAGUUUGUUGAGAUAUAUGUUGGUGUUGGUGCCUCUCGUGUCCGAGCAUUGUACCAGGAAGCUAGGGACAAUGCUCCAUCUGUGGUUUUCAUUGAUGAAUUGGAUGCUGUUGGAAGAGAGCGUGGGUUAAUAAAGGGCUCUGGAGGACAAGAAAGGGAUGCCACUCUUAAUCAGCUCCUUGUUUCUUUAGAUGGUUUUGAAGGAAGAGGAGAGGUCAUUACCAUCGCUUCCACAAAUAGACCAGACAUUCUAGAUCCUGCUCUUGUGAGGCCUGGAAGGUUCGACCGUAAGAUUUUCAUUCCCAAGCCUGGUCUUAUCGGACGGAUGGAAAUUCUUCAGGUUCAUGCUCGUAAGAAGCCGAUGGCGGAAGAUUUGGACUAUAUGGCAGUUGCUAGCAUGACAGAUGGCAUGGUUGGAGCAGAGCUUGCUAAUAUCGUUGAGAUAGCUGCUAUCAAUAUGAUGCGUGAUGGAAGAACAGAGUUAACAACAGAUGAUUUGCUUCAAGCUGCACAAAUAGAAGAAAGAGGAAUGUUAGAUAGAAAAGAUAGGAGCUCUGAGACUUGGAGACAGGUUGCUAUAAACGAAGCUGCUAUGGCUGUUGUGGCAGUGAACUUUCCUGAUCUGAAGAAUAUCGAAUUUCUGACAAUCAACCCUAGAGCUGGUAGAGAAUUGGGUUAUGUCCGGGUGAAGAUGGAUCACAUCAAAUUCAAAGAAGGCAUGCUUAGCCGACAAUCUCUCUUGGAUCACAUAACUGUUCAGUUAGCACCUCGUGCUGCUGAUGAACUUUGGUACGGUGAAGAUCAGUUAAGUACCAUAUGGUCUGAAACAUCGGAUAAUGCAAGGUCAGCUGCUAGAUCACUGGUUCUUGGUGGUCUCUCUGAGAAACAUCACGGUUUGAACAACUUCUGGAUGGCUGAUCGAAUCAACGAUAUUGAUGUAGAGGCAUUGCGGAUAUUGAACAUGUGUUACGACCGUGCUAAAGAGAUUCUCCAAAAGAACCGGACGCUUAUGGACGAGGUGGUAGAGAAACUGGUUCAGAAGAAAAGUCUUUCAAAACAAGAGUUCUUCACUCUUGUUGAGCUCUAUGGUUCCAUUAAACCAAUGCCACCAAGCAUUCUUGAACUCAGGAAAAUUAAACGGCUCCAGCUCCAAGAGAACGUAAUGAAACUGGACGUGACGACCGCUAGAAACAGUUCAUAAAAUGAUUGUGGUACACCUAGACCUUGAUGUAACCUUAGUUACAUGUGAAAAUGUUUUGAGCUUCAAUAAAAAAAGAAAAAUCAUUUUUUCAGUUUUGAAGGAAAUUUCAGUUUUUAAAUAAUUUUGAAAAAAAAAAUAAUCAUGGAUCUUUCUAACAUGUGACAUGAACCAGUUAUGUAAAGCAUGGGAUUAUAAACUGCAG